AUGCCACCAAAAAAGAAACCUAAAACAAAAGAAGAAAUAAAAGAGCAGAAACAAACUGCAGAACGAUUAAGAUAUCAACGGCUAAAAAAUUACCCUGAAAAAAGAGAGCAAUUGAAGGUAAAAGAACGACGGAACUACCAAAUAAAGAAGGAAAAAGAUAUUAAGAAAAGGUGGGUCAAAUCCUACAGAGCAGUAGCAGAGAUCCCAGGGGAUAUCUACUCCAGAUGGCUGCAGCCAGCUCUUCCAGAGAUUCUAUUCAAAAGAAUCGCAGCCCGGUAA